CCGGUGUACCCACCUAACACGGCGACUACGGCCGCGGCGCCGGUCACCGUGCCCGUCAGCAAGGCUGCAGGGCCGUUCAUAGGGGAGAAAGGAGUACCCGGAGUGAAAGCCAUGGCAAUACUCAACUGCCUGCUGGCUCGCCAGCUGUGCUUCGAGGACGCCUCCUGUUCCGCCAUCUUGGAGAUCAUCCCGCGCGUCUGUGGCUCUGAACUUGUGGCAUGCUCGACGGUGACUGUGACCAAGUGCCAGGCGGCGCUGCGGACUCUGCAGGCGUUCCCGUUCUUCAAGCCGACCUGCCUCUGCCGGGAGCCGAACGUGGACCCCGAGUGUAACUCCUUCCGCGACUUCCUGUUUGACCAUCCUUGCGUGUUCGUCAUGAAGAAGGAGAAAGACCCGUACCCCGUGGAAACCCUACCGACUUGCACCUACGCCCUGAGUGUCUGCCACAACGAGAAGGCCUGCUCCGUGCUGUUUGACCGCUUCAAGAACGCUUGCAAGGCCCGCGAUGGAGAGUGCCGUAUGGAAGACCGCGAGGCCUGUCGCGAGGCCUGGGCCGGCCUCCGUCUCUCCCCCCUCUUCGGCUGCAUUUGCCCCAAUACCCACAUGAAGAAACGCUGCGACCGCAUCUUUGCCGUUGUGAACCACAACCCAUGUGUCGUAAAACUGAUGUCGGACGGCCGGAACCCGAACCGGACGGGGGCCGGCGUGACCUCGUGGAUCGGGGGUAUGUCCAUAACACAGGAUGGGAACCUGAUCGCCCCCGACAAAAUAAUGAGCCACGUCCACCGAUACGCAAGCCCCCACUACAACCCCCACGGACACCAUUACCACCGCUGGAACCACGAGCCGGGGGGGAGCGAAGAUCCGCUAUACGCCACAAAGACCGUCUAUGGACCAGGAUAUAUUGAUGAGAACCAGAGGAUUGGCAAAGAGAACGGUAAAGCAGGUGACGACAAGCUGGCCCUGCAGUCGACCUGCCACGUAGCCCUGGAGACCUGCAUCAAGGACAACGAGUGCUCCACGACCCUGGAUCCUGUGCUGCAGAACUGCCACGCGACCAACUGCGACCGGGAGGGGUGUAUGACGGCGCUGAGGGGGUUCUAUAGGAAGCCGGGUGUACAUUGGAAUACGGAGAUCGCGUUCUGCCUUUGCAAGAAAACUGACAACAAGGAGGACUCGUGCAUGCGCGCUCAGGAGCAGCUCCAUCCGUCUUGCGCUCAACGCCCACCCUCGGGACAACCGCUACCAGCCUGUCAUACUCUCGCCCAUGCCUGCCGUGAAGAACCCGAAUGCAGACUCCGCCUAGAGAACUACGAGCAAUGGUGCGCCGUGGACGCCGUAACGCAGGGCUGCGCAGGCGCACCCGCCGCCUGCCGCGCCGCCGUGCUAGCCGUGUUGGGGACUCAACUGCGGGCCGCUUGUGCCUGCAGGGGCACGGACUUUGCCCAGCUGUAUGACUGUCUUGGCUGGCAGAGACUGCUCUGGCUUAAUCCUUGCGUCGUGGAAUCCCAGAGUGACUACCACGUGAAGACCUACGGGAACAUGAUUACCACCUCCCUCUAUGAUGACGGCAUAAUCACCGUGGCACCAGCACCGGCGAUACAUCAUACCACCAACCACCACCGCCAUACCACCCACGUGGCCCAGGUCAUACCUCCUCAGCCCCAACCUCAGGACAACCGCCUAAGCCCGAUCACCACCCGCUCCGACCAAACGAUCCGGCCGGAAAUCCCCGAAGAGAUCUCCGAGCCCGUCGCCCCCGUCAUCAUCGAGACCACCGAAGCUCCCACCACUACCACCACCAGUACCACUACCACUACCACGACCACUACAACGACGACAACGCCGCGACCGACGACGACCUUGGAGCCGACGAAGUACUGUAUCGUGAAGAAGCCGGAGAGCGAUGAUGAGGCACAGUACAUUAAGAUGGGAGAGACCAGGAGGCUAUACCGUUCCGCCGAGCUCGCCGAAUGCACGGACCUAUGCGUGUGCGAGCACAGUCUACAAGUGUCCUGCAAGGUGGCGUGCGUGCCUCGAGCACCGUGCUCAUCCCGCCUCGCACAUUACUCGCAUGCUGCUCCGGCCUACCAGGCUUAUAGAGGACGAUGCUACUGUUACUCCGGGUCAUUCAUCUGCAUGAGACCUAAUCCUGGAGAAUACAAGCUUCCCGAAGGCGUGUACUUGCUGCUCGGGUUCAGCUCGGUGGACGAAGCCCUCCUACGACCGCACACCGGUCUAGGUGCCGAGGAUGCUGUCAGGCUGCUGCAGAGUUACUUGCAUACGGUGCAGCGAGAGACGAACUGCACCCUAACGUUGUUCAACAUCAGCAACGAGAACGUGAUCAUCUCUGCCAGCGUUCCCGCCAAGGAGCAGGACGCACUCAAGGAAGCUGGGGAACCCUUGCUUGACAAGAAAAGGAGGAGUGCAUCGACGUCCUCAAGAUCGUGAAAGCUCGCAUCAACUCGCAGCACGAGGACAUCUCCUCGCACCUGCUGCUGUCCAUCUUCAAGAUCGCCGAGGUGGACGUUGUGUACCCCACUCCCCC